AGGGUCUGAUGUCGGGUUCGUGUAAAUCGGGGGCCGGGUGCGGAUGGAAAUGGUCGGGACCGAGCUCUGUCGAACGACUGGAGGCUUCGCCCUCUCCGCUGUUCCUUACCUGCGGAGCAUUUCUGUUAGACCUGCGGUGAGAGAUUUAUUGGAAGAAACACCCACAAAUGGAAGCAAACCAUGAAUGAAGACGAGGGAACAGCAACAAGUGAACCAGCCCGAGGAUUCAGAGCAUCAACCGGAGAGGACUCAUCUGACUCAGAGAAUCCAGUGAUUCAGUCAGGAGAAAGUUUGGUUAAAAAUGGCAAGGAAUUUGUCCAUGGGAAUUUCAAACAUAACACACCAGUUUUGCUGUCUCUGUCCAGAUGUUUAAGAAGUGGAGCAAGGGAUUCACUCGAUCAUCCUUCCUGCUCAGACUGUGGAGAGGGAUACACUCGAUCAUCUGACCGAUUGGCAUGCCUGUCAUUUUACACAGGGGGGAACCCAUUCAUCUGUUCAGACAGUGGGAAUGGAUUCAGUCAGUCACUUCAACUGAAGGUACAUCAGCAAGUUCACACUGGGACAAGGCCAUUCACCUGUUCUGUGUGUGAGAAGGGAUUCAGUCGGUCUUCCCACCUGUGGACACAACAGUCAGUUCACACUGGGCAGAGGCUGGUCAUCUGCUGAAUUUGUGGGGAAGGAUUCCCUCGGUCAUCUGACCGAAUGGCUCACCUGCGAGAUCACACUGGGGUGUGGCCGUUCACCUGCUCAGACUGUGGGAAGGGAUUCACUUGCUCAUCUAAACUGAAGGUACAUCAACAAGUUCACACUGGGGAGAGGCCAUUCACCUGCUCAGAUUGUGGGAAGGGAUUCACUUGCUCAUCUAAACUGAAGGUACAUCAGCGAGUCCACACUGGGGAGAGGCCGUUCACCUGCUCAGACUGCGGAAAGGGAUUCACUCAGUCAUCCGAACUACUGCUACACAAGUCAGUUCACACUGGGGAGAGGCCGUUCACCUGCUCAGACUGUGGGAAGGGAUUCACUCGGUCAUAUAAACUGAAGGUACAUCAGCGAGUUCACACUGGAGAGAGGCCGUUCACCUGCUCAGACUGCGGGAAGGGAUUCACUCGGUCAUCCCACCUACAAGCACACUGGUCAUUUCACACUGGGGAGCAGCCAUUCACCUGCUUGGACUGUGGGAAGGGAUUCACUUGCUCAUCCCAACUGAAGGUGCAUCAGCGAGUUCACACUGGGGAGAGGCCAUUCACCUGCUCAGACUGUGGGAAGGGAUUCACCCAGUCAUCUAAACUGAAGGUACAUCAGCGAGUUCACACUGGGGAGAGGCCAUUCACCUGCUCAGACUGCGGGAAAGGAUUCACUCAGUCAUCCAUCCUGAUGUCUCACCAGCGAGUUCACACCAGGGAGCUGCCAUUCACCUGUUCAGACUGUGGGAAGGGAUUCACUUGCUCAUCCCAACUGAAGGAACAUCAGAGAGUUCACACUGGAGAGAGGCCGUUCACCUGCUCAGUGUGUGGGAAGGGAUUCACUUGGUCAUCUCAACUGAAGGAACAUCAGAGAGUUCACACUGGAGAGAGGCCGUUCACCUGCUCAGACUGCGGGAAGGGAUUCACUUGUUCAUAUCAACUGAAGGUACAUCAGCGAAUUCACACUGGAGAGAGGCCGUUCACCUGCUCAGACUGUGGGAAGGGAUUCACUCGGUCAUCCCACCUACUGGUACACAAGUCCGUUCACACUGGGGAGAGGCCGUUCACCUGCUCAGUGUGUGGGAAGGGAUUCACUCAGUCAUCUAAACUGAAGGAACAUCAGAGUGUUCACACUGGAGAGAGGCCGUUCACCUGCUCAGACUGCGGGAAGGGAUUCACUCGGUCAUCCCACCUACAAGCACACUGGUCAGUUCACACUGGGGAGUGGCCAUUCACCUGCUCGGACUGUGGGAAAGGAUUCACCCAGUCAUCCCACCUACAAGCACACCAGUCAGUUCACACUGGGAAGCAGCCAUUCACCUGCUCAGACUGUGGGAAAGGAUUCACUUUGCCAUCUCAACUUAAGGUACAUCAGCGUGUUCACACUGGGGAGAGGCCGUUCAGCUGCUCAGACUGUGGGAAAGGAUUCACUUCGUCAUCUCAACUUAAGGUACAUCAGCGAGUUCACACUGGGGAGAAGCCGUUCACCUGCUCAAUGUGUGGGAAGGGAUUCACUUGGUCAUGUCAACUACAGAGACACCAGCGAGUUCACACUGGGUAGAGGCCAGUACCUUUAU